AUGUCCAUUAAGGAAAUUGAACAGUGCCUAACUCUGCUCAAGCAGACCAUAUCUUGUCCAAUAUGGGCACUCACUUCGGCUGAAAAAUUUGAGCAAAUAGCCCUCUUGGGUAAGAAAAUUAUCGACGAUUUUGUUGAGGAAAGCAGGCGUGAAUUCGUUCCUGUGACCAAAUUUGAACAACUUCAUCUAAGCCAAGAACUUAGUCAAGCUCAGGUAGGUUCACUGCCCCUCACUGUUAAGAAUGUGCAGCCUAAGGUUGUUUCAACAAGGAACAAAAGUUCGGAAACGGUUGUAGCGAGCAGUCUAAGAUCUGGCUUCUCUCUUUUAACAAAGAGGUACUCACGUUGCGACCAACCAAGAACAUGCAAGCGAACGGCGGUCGCACUGGGUGCUUCCGCUCGUAUUCUUAAGCAUCGUAUGCCUUCCAAGGAACUUGUGCCUGUGCCUGAUAUAGACGAGCCAACACAGCCCAUGAGGGCUCAGGGUAGUGACGAAGCAUUACCUGAUGGACUUUUCGCUAUGACUCAAACUCCCCUAGUGAUAGAGCCUGCUACCUUGACACUCGACGAGCUUCCUGACCCAUCGAAUAAGGAUAAUCAGGCACAGGUCGUAGAUACUGAGGGCAAUUCAAUGAGACGCUCUAGGGUGGAUGGUGACUUAUCGAGCUGCUGUCAACGGGGUUCAAAACUCUCUCUUGUAUCUUCGCUCAAACGCAGCUCUUUCUUACGGAGUAUCUCGCGCAGUAACAAGCGCCGAAAUCAAAGCCAGUCGCCCGAACCGGAGGCUUCGCCUGUCAGUUCGGACAUUCCGUCGCUGCGUGAGCGCUUAUCCACUUCUUCGGCGGCUACUCUUAGACGGAAAAAGCGGAGGAAGACUAACGAACUCUAUUCCCCAUGGCUACACAACUCACGUCUACACUUUUUGAAGAAGUAUCGUAUCCCUCCGGCCUUCUCAAAGGCACGCACUUCGGACCCUUCUACUAGUCCUAACGUCUUCAGUCCCGGAUGGUCACGUCUAAAGAGUCUGAGCGCAGAGUUUGGUCGGCAGUCAAAAACACAGUUGCUUAUUCGCUCAACGAAGAAGCGCUCCUCUUCGAAGCGUGACUUCAAGUCUGUUGAGGUAACUUCGAGACAGCCAAAUUUGGGUCCUGUUUGUCGCUUUAUUUUACCUUCAAGAGGUCCUCUGUUUGAGGUCUCACAGAAGGAAAAAGUGGAUGCGCUCUUAUGUUCUCGUUGUGGCUGUGAAAUUAUUUUCUUUUCGAAACCUGCUGCUGUUUUAACCAGCUCCAAACCCUGUCCCAUUGUUCGAGAUUUGGGAGUCUAUUGGCCCGAGUCGUGGCGACAGUCUCCCCAAAUGAUAAGGCAAACAAAUAUCUCAACAGCACUAGAUUCUGCUGUCAAUAUCAUAUCCUCAUCUGUACCCCAAACCCCAUGCAACAGCCAUCAAUCCUGUGCUCCAGCGAAGAGCAAUGAAAUCAGCCAUAUUCAGAUCUCGAUGUCAUCAGAAAAAGGCACGCCGUCUACUAUCAAUAUCCAACCUUCACUUGUUCCGCAGUCAUUCAGUUUGAACACCCAAUCUUCCGAGGGAAACUAUGAGGAACAGGUGUGUCGCAAAAAACUUGACAGGAGGCCCAGUGUUUUCGAAUACGUUAUCAAGUAUCAUCAGUUUCUUAAUUUAUUCACAAGCUUGGAAAUUAGAAAACCUACUCAGAUUGAUAAAACCUAUUUUUUAUAA